AUUUUUACUUUAAGCGGCUAAAAAUAUUCAACGUUUGAGAAAAUUAUGGAGAACUCUUAUUCUAAGAAAAAGUUAAAUGAGAAUAAUGCAAGUGUUCGUCGUAUUCUUCAAGAAAUACGUGAACUUCAAGGUAGUAAAGAGGUAGCAGCAACACCACGGGAAGAUAAUAUUUUUGAAUGGCAUUUUACAAUACGCGGUGUUCCAGGUUCAGAGUUUAAUGGUGGAAGAUAUCAUGGCAAGAUAUUUCUUCCUCCUCAAUAUCCGUUUCGCCCUCCAAGUUUUCGUUUUUGUCAUGAAAAUGGGCGUUUUUCAGUAAAUAAGGAUAUAUGUCUUAAUAUAUCAUCUUUUCAUGAGGAACUUUGGCAGCCGCUUUGGGGAAUUCAUACAGCGCUUAUAAGUCUUUCUAAUUUUAUGCUUACAAAAGCUGAUGGACACAUUGGAGGAUUAGAUUUUACUAUAAACGAGAAAAAAAAAAUAGCCCUACAAUCUCGAGAAUGGGUAUGUCCUGAAUGCAAUAAAAGAAAUAUUGAUAUAUUACCUGAUCUUGAAAACGAAUUUGAAGCUUUUUCACAUCCCGAUAUUCCAAAAUUAUCUUUUACAUAUAAGGAUGAUGGAAAUACAAAGGAAAACAAACUCCUUGUUUUAUUUUCUACAACAAAAUUAUUUAUCAAGCGAUGGUUACCUUUUUUUAAAUCUCUUUUUUCUUCUUCUGCUUUGAUACAAAAAUAUGAAAUUAUACCCUUCUGGAUAGACCUUGUGAUAGCUUUUCUGGUCCUUCUUUUGAUUUAUCUUAUUCUUAACCGUUUUCUUUUGUAAUUUUCAUUCUUAAUAUUAUUUUUAAGUCCGAAACAUUA